AUGGCGGGCGCGCGGGACGGGCUGCUGCUGCUGCGGCGGCCUACUCGGCGGGGCCUGCCGCCCCUCGGCCUCCUGCUGCUGGGCCUGCUCCUGCUGGCCGGCCCCGGGGCGCGCUCGGCGCGGGGCCGCGGCGGCGCCGACAAGCAGAACAGCCUGCGGCGGGCGGCCAACGGCGUCUACCUGGGCGUCAGCGGCCUCUUCGGCGAGGAGAACGUGCGCGCCCUGCAGAAGUUCUUCUCCAGACUGACUGAGCGAUUUGUCUACGGUGUGGAUGUUCUAGUAGAUACAUUCUGGAGAAUAUGGACAGACCUGCUGGACGUUCUUGGGAUUGAUGCCUCCAACUUGACCCAUUACUUCAGCCCCGGAGCCGUCACCAACAACCCCACACGCGCCCUCCUGCUGGUCGGUGCCAUCUUGCUGGCCUACUGGUUCCUUUCUCUCUUCCUCGGGUUCUUCUUCUACCUGCUGCAUGUGCUGUGUGGCCGAUUCUUCUGGCUUGUGAGGGUCGCCCUCUUCGCCCUCUCCUGUGUGUACAUCCUCCAGAAGUACGAAGGCGAGCCGGAGUACGCGGUCCUCCCCCUGUGCUUCGUGGUGGCGGUCUACUUCAUGACUGGGCCGGUGGGCUUCUACUGGAGGCGGAGCGGUCACAGCACCCUGGAGGAGAAGAUCGACCACCUGGACAGUCAGAUCAGGCUCCUGAACAUCCGUCUUUCGAGGGUGAUUGAGAACAUGGACAGAGGCGGUGACCAGUGAAAACGCCAGGUCCAGCUCAUUUUCACACCAGCUCUUUAGGAAGUUGCUAAGCACUGUCUCU